AUGUCUGAAUCUUCAAAACGACUGCAGGUACUACUACAACGAGCAUCACCAAUUUUCAUUGGUUUACGAUACCAUCUAGAGAGGUGGACAUCAACUCUAUGUCUCUCACUCGGCGGCCGUCUAGUUCGCGUGGUUUUUUCAACGAUGCGGACUUUUGACCAGUUCUAUACCCAUGUACUUCUGGAGCCUCCACCAUUGCGGGUAGAUUUCGCUGCUGCGAACAAACCAAUGAUGGCCUGGGCGGAAUAAUUGUAAGUAGUCCUGCGACGUCUAGGAAGAAGAAGAAGGCUGUCUGUUUCAUCUUAUUGGCCGAGCGGAGGCACCACGACAGUAGAGAUGGGAUAGGCGAGGAGGCUGAUAGUAGUUCGAUACAGUAGAUCUUCGAUGAUGUUACGAAGUAGUCAACCUCCCACCUCGAAGGUCGUACAUCCUCGCGUGAGAAGCCAGUAGUUUAUUUGGCGCGAAAGAAUAAACAGAUGAACCAAGGAGCACAGCAGCAACAUCAAUUGUGGAUGUAAGUAAAAUUUGAAAGAACUUCACGAAAUCAUCUUCCCAAGAACAUUUGAGUUUGACGAAAGCAAUUC